GACGCGUGGAGCAGCACCAAAGAAACUGAAAGUUCUCCGUAAACAGAGUUUAUGCGCUGCGCUGGAUUUUUCCCCCGCGAAAACAGUAUUAUGUUGUAUGAUUCCAGACAGAAAUAGCGUCUACCAAACGAUCUAACAACACGCAAACGCUUUGUUUUCGGUGAAGUUUUCUUUGUGUUGAUCUUUAACCUUCAGGCUCAGUUGCUUCUCUUUUCAGCUUUUUCGAUUGCAUCGAUUUUAAGAACUGAAACCAAUGCCAUGAUUUUGAAGGACAGCGAGGAUGUUUUAAAGCUUGGACUUGUUUAUUCAUGGAUGUAUUCCUCAAUACAAUCCGCCAAAUAUUAUAUGACUCAUAAAUCUGUUUUACUCGGUCUGUGCUUGUGGCUCGCAUGUGGUGUGUUUGUUGUUGAUGGAGAUGAAGUGAAGUCAGUGUCAGUGAUGGAGGGAGAUUCUGUUACUCUACACACUGAUAUUACUCAAAUACGAGAGAUGCAGAUACUCUGGACUUUUAAUCAAACCACUCGUCUAGCUGAAAUCAUUAAAAGGGGCCAGAUGAACUUUACGUUUGUCAAAAAGGAUGGGAUAUUUACAGAUCAUCUACAGAUGAACAGUCAGACUGGAUCUCUCACGAUCACAAACAUCAGAACUGAACAUACUGGACUUUAUAAACUAACUAUCAGCAGAGACAAUAUCGCAUACAAGAGUUUUACCGUUACUGUCUAUGCACCACUGCCCAUUCCUGUCAUCACCAGAAACUCAUCCCAAUGUUCAUCAUCUUCAGAAAGAUCAUCAAUCUCAAAAUGUCUGUUGUUGUGUUCAGUGUUGAAUAUGAGAGAUGUGAGUCUGUCCUGGUACAAAGGAAACAGUUUAUUGUCCAACAUCAGUGUGUCUGAUCUCAACAUCAGACUCUCUCUACCUCUGGAGGUUGAAUAUCAGGAUACAAACACAUACAGUUGUGUGGUGAGCAAUCCCAUCACAAACCAAACUCAACAUCUCAACAUCAAAGAUUCGUGUCUGUCAUGUUCGGCAACCAUCCAGAAUCCACAAUGGGGAAAGAUAGUUGUUAGUCUGGUUUUAGUGCUUUUAAUAAUUGCCGCUUUAGGUGUGAUGUACCUUUUCUACUUUAGAUAUAAAAGAUCAGAAGCUCAGACUGAUGUGGAAGAGAUACAUUAUGCCAGUACAACAUUUUUUGCUCGCAGUAAAAAGAGUCUGGAAGCAGUUGACCACACAGUGUACUCGGGCGUUGUUAUGAGGUGACAUCUGUGCCGUUGUACAAAUUAAUUACCACUUACAUAUGCUUAGUUUUAUGAAAACUAGAUAAAAUAUCAACAACAAAAUGUCCAAGGUCAGCAACAAAGAUAAUCAAAUUAUCAAAAUUACAUUGCUACUGUAAGAGGGUUAAUUGAAACAUAUUUAAAAACUGUGAACAUUAUUAAACGUAUUAUUUCGAUUUUAAAGACGCUUUACUCAACUAAUGAGUAUGACUGAUUUAUACCAGCAAACAAGAUGUAUGAGAUAUUUUCAUAAGGUUAUGUGUCUCAUUAUCAAAGUUUCAGUAUUAAAAUGUCUGUCUGACAAUAUGCUGAUCAUUUCAAUAAUAUUUCUUAUUCACAUUGAAUAGUGAUCUUGAGUACCCACAGUAGUGGUUAGUUGUGUGCCUUGUCUGACGGGACUAUUAAUGACCUGGACUAACUGUAAUAGAAGUAUUUGUAACUUUUCAUAUUCAUAGCUUUGUUCAUUACUUUUUACAUGUACUUUUUAAUAAACAUUUUUUACACUU